UCCGGAAAUGUGAGCGGAAGGACAGACUUGUACUUGCAAGAUGGCUUCUCAGAUGUUUGGUUGGGAUUUAACAUAUCGGCUUGUUGUAAAAGAUAUAACAAAGAAAGAAGACGUUUUGGUCGCUCUUAUCCAUUGGUAUUUUAUAAAAUUUGGUUUCAAAUGCGUAGGGUUAGGCGACAGUAAAACUUUGACAACCACUGACGUUGGAGGAGAAAUACUUCCUGAAGGCUGGAGUUCAGAGGACACUUACUCCCUGCGAUAUGUUUACAAUAAGGAUUUAUAUAUUUUAAAGGGAGUGAAGACUGAAGCGGAUAUUGUAUUGAAUUUGUUGCGUGUCUCAGAUUUGUCCAUUUCAAUAAUACAUUUCAAAGUAGAAGAAACAGUGAAGAACUUAAAAGGUGACAUUGAAGCAUUGGUACCAAAGUAUAAAGAUGUUAUUGAUGCCAUUCAAAAAGAUUUAUUGGAACCUGUAGUGACUGGCACCAACAAGGAAGCAACAACACAGACAGCCCAGCCAGUCUUCCCAGUGCUAAGAAAUUCAGACAUUCGUGAGCGUUCUAGAUCUGAGGAAAGAGAUGAGUAUGAUGAUCCAUUAAGGAUUGGUCAGCCAAGGCGAGGCAUAGGAGUUGGAUUUGAUCCUGACUGGGAUCCAAUUCGUGAUCCAUUGGCAGUGGGCCGAUCAGACUUGAACCCUUUAAGUCGUGGAGGUGGGAUGCUUUUCAAUCCCUUUGGAAGACGAGGAGUCCCAGAUCCAGGAGCAGGCAUUCCAGGUGGCCUGCCACGAGGCAGUGUACCUCCAGGUGCACGAUUUGAUCCAUUCGGCCCUCCAAAUGUUGGUCCGCAAAGAGGUCCUCGGCGAGGGUUUGGAACACCAGAUCCAGACCACCUGCCCCCACCAGGAUACGAUGACAUGUUCAUGUAAAUUUGUUCUGCUAAUGGUGGUAGAGCACUGUUAUGUAAAUUGUUUGGCUUAUUAUAAGACUUCUUUGUCUGUGUUAAUCUAUAAUACAUACUUAUAAUAAAGAUACUUGCAUUUAUGAGGGGCAUAUACAAAUGAUUUAGACUAACCUGAAUUAUGUGAUCCUUGGUGGUGGCUCCCAGGUUACACUUUGGCCCGUCCCACAUUCUCCCUGGAGGUCGAUGCACCGUUGCCAUCACAAAACCACUGUUUGGGGGUCUCGUACCCACUUCCUAACAGCAUCAUGUAAGGCGUCACUAUCGGGGAAUCGGUGACCACGCAGGGGAUCAGUUCCAACACAGUUUGAAUCAUUUGUGGAGUUCUUGAUGUUCUGGGACCACUGCUGGAUCCCUUUUUCACUGUUUCGUUGUCACAUACGAAGCCUGUCACCCAACUGAAGACAGUUGCACGUGCAGUCACUGGGGUUCACCGUGCUCCCACACCCGCCCUAUUCCCCCGACCUGGCACCAAGUGACUAUACCCUCUUCCGUGAGAUGAAUAAUCCCCUGCGUGGUCACAGAUUCCCCGAUAGUGAUGCCUUACAUGAAGCUGUCAGGGAGUGGGUACGAGACACCCCCAAACAAUGGUCUCGUGAGGCAAUACGGAAAUUGCCAGAGAGAUGGCAACGGUGCAUUGACCUCCAGGGAGAAUACGUGGAACGGGCCGAAAUGUAACCUGGGAGCCACCACCAUCAAGGAUCACAUAAUUCAGGUUAGUAUAAAUCAUCUGUAUAUGCCCUUCGUACAUAUAAGGCAGGGUAUGAUUAUA